AUGGCCGCUACUACUGCUAGUCGUCAAUACGACAUUAUCCUACUAGGAGCCACUGGCUACACUGGCAAACUCACCGCUGAAUACAUCACGACCAACCUUCCCACCAACAUCAAAUGGGCCGUGGCUGGACGCAAUCAAUCCAAACUUCAAUCCUUGGUCGGUGAGCUGAAGUCAUUGAACUCGACACGCAGCUCUCCCGAUGUCAUCACUGUCGCCAGUCUGACUACCCCUGAAUUGACCCCUGUGGUCAAGAAGACCAAAGUGCUCUUGAACGCCGUGGGCCCUUACCAUCUCUACUCGACUCCCGUGGUCGAGGCUUGUGCUCAACAGGGAACGCACUACCUUGAUGUGACCGGCGAAACCCCAUGGGUUCGUGAUAUCAUUGUCAAGUAUGAAGACACCGCCAAGAAAACCGGAGCCAUCAUGAUCCCCGAGGUGGGCGUAGAGUCCGCCCCCUCCGACCUUGUCGCCUAUAUCGCCACUCGUCUAGUCCGCAAAAUCUGGGAUUGCGGCGUCAUGGACAUGGUCGCCGCAGUGCACGAGUUGAAAUCCUCGGGGCCCAGCGGCGGCACCUUGGCCACCGGGUUGGGACUGGCCGACUUCUAUUCAACAAAGGUGAUGAAGCAGUGUAUGAGCGACCCCUUUGUGCUUUCCCCCUCCAACCUCCGGCCGUUCACCAAGGACACCAUCUACCCACGCAACCCCGAGCCAAACACAUACGAACGCACAGGUCUCCAGAAACUCACGGGCGUCUGGAAAUAUCCCCGCCUGGGCCACUUGACGACUUCCAUCACCGCAAAGCCCAACGAGGCAAUAGUCCACCGCUCUGCGGGAUUGACGCCCUACUUCUACGGCUUCAACUUUUCGUACGAGGAGUAUAUGGCUGUGGCGAGCCCUGUCGUGGGCGUGUUGAUUCACAUCGCUGUCACCGUCUUGGUCUUGUUGCUCGCAUUUCCCCCAACGCGGGCUAUCCUGAAACUCUUCGCCAACUACAAACCUGGCUCUGGCCCGACCAAAGAAUCCACCAAAGGCGAUGCCCUGGAAAUCCGCGCCGUCGCCGUCGCCGAACAGCUUGCCAAGCAGCCCCGCAAGGCCCUGGCACAUUUCCGUUAUGAGGGCGGAAUCUAUGCUCUGACCGCCCUGUUGAUGAGUGAGGCCGCCAUGGUGAUUUUGACAAAGGAAGAACAGAUAAAGAAAAGCCAUGGCCCGGGAUUCUUGACCCCAAGCUGUUUGGGUGAUGAUUAUGUGGACCGGCUGGAGAAGGCGGGCGUUAAGAUGGGAGUGCAGCAAAUUGGAGAUAUGGGCAGCAAGUAG